UUAAUUUGUGCGCUGCGCCGCUUUUCCAGCGGAAUCCAGCGUAGCCGUAGCGUUUUCUUUCUUUUGCCAUGACAACCAAAUCGAAACAAAAUGAAAUUUUGAUGAAACGCAAAGAAUAGACCAAUACCGGUUUACCAAUAUGAUAUUCUUCAACUUUUGGGCAUUAGUGCAAUGGUAUCUGAGACCAUUCGUUAAAUGGUUCCUUCGGAAAACGACUUGUUUAUGUGAGCUACAAAGGAUCUGCUAUGGCGAAAAAGCAGGGGCCCCGAGAACUUGUAAAGUUGAGAAAUCUUUAACCCUAUCAAGGACUCGGGAAGUCAAAGAGGUGGUUUCCUACUUCGACUCAUUGGUAAUAGAGCGAAGGUUCCUUCUAGCGGGAGUCCAAGAUGUGGUCGACCCAGCACUUAGCAUCAUCAUGAGAGUGAAGAAAAUCAAUCCUAAACUGCACUCCCCAUUCAUUGUGUCAUUCCGAAGAUGCCUACAACAAAUAUGGAGCUACAGACAAUUAAAAGAAGAAGUUGAGGAAAUGAGGAAGAUUCAGUACGACAGCAAUGAUGCAAGCCAUGAACAGAAAUUACUAAAAUUGUGGUCACUACUGGUCCCCAAUGAAGAGUUAGAAGCACGAGUCACUAAACAAUGGCAGCAUAUUGGAUUUCAGGGAGAUGACCCUAAAACUGACUUCCGUGGAAUGGGCCUGCUAGGCCUGGAGAACCUUCUAUUCUUUGCCACAGAAUACCCUCAAGCCUCCAGCCAUGUCCUCAGCCACUCCCACCACCCCAGCUAUGGAUAUACAUUUGCCAUUGUCGGCAUAAAUCUCACAUCCAUGGCAUAUUACCUACUGAAAGAUGGAUCAGCCAAAACCUACAUGUUCAAUGCUAAAAAUGACUUGCCAGAUAUCAAGUUGUUUCAUAGAUUUUACUGUUACUUGUUUUAUGAAUUUGACAAACUCUGGAUAGAGUCAAAACCAAAAAAUAUUAUGGAAUUUUCUGUAAUUUUUAAGAAGUUUGAAAAUUGUAUAAGAAUGGAAAUGGCUGAUCCAGCAUCGGUAUUUAGAAUAAAUUUAGAGGUUGACACUAUUUAAACAACUACUUAUUUUAGAUCUGUUUAAUGUUUAAAGUCUCUCACAAGCUACAUCACAUAAUAUUUUGUACACUCACUAGUCUCACACUCACAACAGUAAAGUCGGCUAGAUAUAAUAAUUAUAGUAUGUAUGUAAUUUAAUACACACAUUAUUUGACCACAAGUUAUUUAUUAUUUAAUCUGCAUACUCACUUUUUUAAUGGUAAAUAUAGGUUUAAAUAUUUUGAAAAUAUGCAUGAUUGUAAUGAGUUGGCAACCACAUACACUCAGGUCAACCAAAGAGGUCUGCCUGUGCAGGCAUACUUGAAUUUGUGUGGAGAGGAGAACUGUGCAGUCUCUUAGCACAGAGCAACACACAUGGUGGCAUACCUGCACAGACAGACCUCACCCGUACACCGGAACGUGUACGGCCUGCUCAAGGGACAAAACUUAUAGUAAAUUUGUAUUAGUACCUAACCUAUUAACAAAGUUGGAAAGUGUUAAUGAUUUAUCCUGGAGUGUGAAAAUAUUAGGUACAGAUGUAAUUCUAUACUUCAGUGAGUGAUAAUAAAACGUACAGGGUUUUAUUGUUUAUUCAUUAGAUGGACAGCUUCUUCUAUCACAAGUCUUUAUUUUACUUGUAUUGCCAUUGAUAGCUCUACUUUUAUUUUUAGCUAUAUAGCAAGUGUUUUAAAUGUUGUAUUAGUAUAUGAAGGGACCUAUUGCACAUGAAAUAAAAGGGAAAAUUUACUUUACAAAA